ACAGACAUACGGGACAGCAAAAUUAAGAAAGUGACGGGAAAGCAUAGGUUUUGCAUCUAUGAAGGGAAAACAUGAGAUCGAAUGUGAUAUCACGAUUUUGUGUAUUUCUUUAUUUAAUUUAUUCCUUUUCUGGAGGCCUUGCAGAUGGAGCAUGCACGUUUCCUGGUGAUAUCUUGGGCUCGUGGGUUAGAGGAAGUGACAACAAAACAUUGACCUUCAGUUCGUCAUCCGUAUCUGGGCUGAAUAUUACCUUUUCGGCGGUACACAUGGACACAUUUAAUUGUGUUGCGUCCACGGGAACAAAGUAUGUCAUACGAUAUUCAUUCAACCAAAACGCGAUUGAUCAGUAUGCUUUCUUAUGCUUCGAUUUACAAAAGAAGAGUGACAACGUUUAUUUUCUACAUAUUCUAACAGUGAUUUCAAAUCAAGAAAUCCUAGACCAACGCCAAACAGAACCAUACAGCAUAGAGAGUGUUUGUAACAAAGCCACAGACGAAGUGGCCCACACUACUCUCGUCAAAUCAGGUGCAACAAAUAUAGCCAUCUUGUGUCCAUCGCUGCUAUUCGGAUCGUACAACUACACUGUAGACAGCACUUUGUGUCCUGGCGACUCCCGCCUGGACGUGUGCAUCGACAGAAAGAGUAUCAUCGUCAACUACACCAUGUGCAGCGAGAUUGUCGGCUAUUCUGCUAUGGGAGAAAUGGACUGCAUUGGGCACGUCGUCAAGGGAAACACUACUUACCUGUCCGUGUAUAUCCGAGAUACGACAGCAACAUACAGGACAACGUGCUUCGCCAUAGAAAAGAUGGAUAACCAGAUAUUUAUGACAUCACGACAAGUGGACUGUGUUGUGAAUCAAAGCCCAACAUCCAUCAGUGCACCUGGGAGGUCAUUCAAGAUGAUUCCUAUAGUUACCUGCCCCUUUACCGAUGAAAGUCAGGUAGUGGUCAUAGUUGCUGUUGUCGUGUCCCUUCUUAUCGUAGCCGCGGUUAUUGGAGCGUUACUCGUUUACUUUCUGGUAUUGAAGAAGCGGAAACCUAAAACAGCACCCGUUGCUGCAAGUCCAUCAUCGCCAACAAAUAAACCAGUAAGCCCUGGCGACGUGGAAACAACCAAUGCUGUUACAGAGACCACUCCAUCGCCAGCAGCAGCUACUAAUGGCCACGUGAUGCCCUUAAAAGAUGAGAACACACUUUUAUAAAUGACAUUUGGGGGAAUACAAAUAAAAUACGUGUACUCCCGUAAAUAUGAGUAGAAACAUAAGAGCUGAACAGUAUAAUUUGAACUGUUAAUCCUGUACACCACUUACUUAGACGUUGUACUAUGUAUACGGUAAUUCAUCGAGUUUUAUACCAAACAGUCCCAGACUGUGCUGUCCUCUGGUACUGAUGUAACACAUUUAUUUUCAAACUUUCUCAGAACCACAGAUUGAACUGUGUAAUGUUUGUUUCACUGGUUAACAGAGUGGGUGUAUAACACACUAAGAACUUCAAAAGGUUAUGGGUGAAAACAGUCCUGGCCUGCUUGCUCUCGACGAUAAUGGCUGCUGCAUACUUGUCUAGGAAACAGGGUCUCGGUCAACUCACAAGAGAUUGUGUAUUUAUUUAUUUUAAUUAUUUAUUUAUUUAUAAUUUAUAUAUAUAUUUUCUUUUUAUCGGCACAUGCAAAUAAAAAUAAUUAUAUAAUAUACUAGUGGAAAAUGUUCCUAUGCGUUAUUAAAACCUCGCUGAUACAUUUUAUUUUUUGUUGAUACAUUAACAGACAAUCCAUGUCCACAAAAUUGCAGAUAGGCCCUAAACACAUUUCAUGGUGAUUAUGAUGGCUAAAUGUACGUUAAAAAUUCAAUAUCAUGUUUGGCCACCAUUUGCUUCGACACAUUCGCAGCAACGGAAACCUUUGAAAGUUGGGGAAAAAAUGUAUGAAUGUCUUUCCCUAUCUUGCCCAACAUUGGACUCAACUCGUCACAGCUAUCUAAAUUAAACCUGGUCCGAGUUCAGCUCGACCGACCAGAAAAACGUCCGAUAGACUAGUUUAUGCACUUAACGGUAAACGAAAUGUCCACGCCAGGAACCAAUCUAAUAGUUCAAACGUUCGCUGGCUGAACUUGGGUGUUGGAUUCAGCUGUAAAAAGCAACCUGCAAUAGCACAGUCCUUUCUGCUGAACCAGACGGACUGCCUGCACCAUAGUUGGCUUGUUCCGAGGUGAUAUUCUAACAACAGUAUGGCAGUACUGCUGAACGCCGCGGCCGUACUGUAUUAGCGUAACUAGUUGCGGACAUAUCUUCCUCUGACUGACCUUAACCCAGGGUGUUUCGGAAUGUUCGGGAUGUCAGACCUGCCGUUUGAAAGCCAUUUCGUACGUAGCCUGUGGCAUGGACGGCGUACUGACGUGGGCAUCCUCGACCUGAACGAUGUCUAGUACUCCAACACUGUUGACAGUCUCCACACACGCUGUAUGAUGUUCUAGGGAACAUGAAAACGUCCAGCAAAAGCGCCGUACCCCCAUUCCAACCACUGACAUGCGCACAGCUCGAAAACGUUCAUUUUGAGAGAGGCCUGACAUGACAUUAAUAACGUUUAGCUACAAACAAACGUGUUUUGUUUUGUUUUGCUUUUCUUUUCUAUUUUACUGUUUGUGUAUUGUAAUUUUGUAUUGUGGGUUUUUUGGGGUUUUUUGUGUGUUUUUCGAUGUUGUUUUGUUUUGAGUAGUGAGAGUAGACAUCUAACAAAAUAUCGACAAAUAGCAGUACACGAUCCGAAUUGCGAGUAAGCUCAUUUCUGCAUAACAUAGCAUGAACAAAGUAAAGUAAAGUUUGUUUUAUUUAACGACGCCACUAGAGCACAUUGAUUUUUUCUUAUCAUCGGCUAUUGGACGUCAAACAUAUGGUCAUUCUGACACUGUUUUUUUUUUUA